AUGAGUCGUAAAUUGCAUACUUUGACUACUCAGGACCUGGAAAAUAUACUGGGAGAAUGUGAAGAUAGCGAAGAUGGCCUUGACUUUUCUGACGACGACGAUGUCGCCGAUCCGACGUAUAAUUUCGAGCCGAAUGAGCAUGCAAGUUCUGAUGAGGACCCAGAGGUACCACCUGACUUGGAAAAUGAAGUUCAAUCUACCAGCAUCCUAGUAACAUCCACCAAUACUCAUAUCAUUAGUACUGCAAUGGAUCCAAGUCUGGCCUCCGCUUCUACUAGUGCUAGUUCUGCAGCAGCUCCAAGGAUAUCUAAUCGUGUGCCUAUGACUAUGAAUAUCACGUGGAAAACGAAAACCCUGAACAUAAAUGAAGACGAACUACGUUUUCUUGGAUCUGAGAAGUUACCCCUAGAAAUACUUUGCUUAGAUACUCCAUUUGAGAUAUUUUCGUAUCUGUUUACUGAAGAAAUUAUCAAUUUUAUAAGAGACCAGACUAAUUUAUACUCUGUUCAGAAAGAGGUCGGUAACUGCAAUGGAGUUGACGUAGCUGUGGUUGCUUGGAGAGAUAACAAAAUCGUCACUCUAGCAUCCAAUUUUGCUGGAAAGCACCCAACAUCUGUAGUAAGAAGGUGGGACAAGUCGAGAAAACAAUACAUUUCUGUUGAACGUCCUUAUGUCGUCGCAGAAUAUAAUCGACAUAUGGGUGGUGUUGACCUUUUAGACUGUGGCAUGGGCCACUACAAAAUUAAACUCCGUAGUAAACGCUGGUAUCUUCGAAUUUUUUAUCAUUUUUUAGAUAUGGCUAUGUGUAAUUCAUGGCUUUUAUAUCGAAGAAUAAAUGCAGAAAAGGGUAGUAUCAGUAAAACCCUCAAUUCUGCUGAAUUCAGAGUAGCCAUAGCAGAGACGUUAUGCAAAUAUAAGACAAUCAACCGUAAAAAGCGAGGAAGUGAUGUUGAAUGUCUCAUUCAAAAUAGAAAGAAGAAAGGUCCGGCUCAACACGUUCCUCCGAAAGAUGUAUGCAUGGCCAGUUUGUCUGGACAAACAUAUGAGGUGCAAAAAACAUAUGAGGUUCCCAGACUGCAAGGGGUUUACACAAACAAGCUGCGAAAAAUGUGGUAUUAG